UCGUGGAUUUGAGCCUCACUGGGAUUCAUUUCAUCUGGAUUUGAAGCUGCUGCUGCUUCCCUCCGAGGAUGCGACUGAGUCUGGAUGUUUGGAUCCAUGUGGGCCUGUGACGUCUGCACCCCCUCAGUGGCUCUCUUCUCCUUCUUCUUCUCCUCCAUAAGGAUGUCUCUGGCAGCUCUGACCCAGAUUGUAGAGUGGUGGCUCCUUGCUGAUCUGUGAACGUGAUGCAGUGGACAAGGCAUGCUCUACACCUUGACCGAGAGCGCUCAGCCUGCUGACAUCUGUCUCCGUGGUUACACACAGCGACGAGAAGGCUACGCCACCAAAGCUGAUCCAUAAUAAUAAUCCCCAGCUGGAGAACAAACAGCGUUCGGGCGAGGAGAGAAAAGAGCGGGAGGAGUCUCAGCAGGGCGGGCGGCAGAUGGUUACACUGCAGCAGCACUUCUCCAGCAUGGAGGAGACGGUGCGAACGCUACUACAGAACCAGGACUCACUGGAGGGGCCCAAAGUGGACCCGCUGGACCUCAUGAAAGCAUACAAGGACAAACUCCUAGAGGAGAUGUGGAAGCAGCAGGACAGUCUGGAGGGUCCUACAGCCACAGCGGCAGAGAUGGCUGCCUCGCCUGAGGCCGGUGGAGGGUCGGAGGAAGAUUCAAAGGACAGCAAUCCUCUGCUCGAGCGACUCCGAGCCCUGGAGGCGGAGAACUCUGCUCUGUCGAUGGAAAACGACAACCAGAGGAAGCAGUACGAACGCUGUCUGGAUGAGGUGGCGAAUCAGGUGGUCCAGGCCCUCCUCACACAAAAGGACUUAAAAGAGGAGUGUGUGAAGCUGCGGACACGUGUGUUUGACUUGGAACAGCAGAACCGCAUCCUGAGCUUACUGUUUCAACAACGUGUCAAAAUGUCCACGAAUCCUGUCUCCCAGGAGGUCCAAAGGAAUGGAAAGGCGGGUAUCCCUGCAGGACGUUGGCCCAGCCUGCUGAGUCUAACAUGCCCACGCAGCAGUGGUAGUGGCAGUGGCAGUGAACUGUCUAUAUCCAGUGCUUGUAGCGAGUACUCCAGUGGCUCCCACACUUGGGCAGAAGGCCGUGGAUUCUCCAAGCAGUGUGCCAAAAGGAUGAGUACGAGUUCAGUAUCCAGCAAUAAUUCUGUACCUAUGGAGCAGACAGAACUGGGGUGGAAAGAAGGGCACAUUCUGAAAGGUCUGAAGCGACUCCAAACAAACUCAAAAGAAGCCUCCAUUGCACCUGUACCACACUGCAAAGACUGUAUGACCUUCAAUGAGGGCAUUUACUCAUCUGGAGUAAAGUGUGGCCAACAAGGGAGCACAGCCAAGGAAGCAGUGCCAGCAAAUAAACCUGUCAAGGCUGGUAUUAAUGCCAUUGACUCUGAUUAUGCAGAACAAGAUUCCCCUAAAUUACAAAGAACUGAAUCUAGAGACCAACCAACAAAUGAACCUCUUUGCUUGGAGAAGUAUGAUGCCACAAGGGAUGAUGACAACAAUUUUCAAGAAGAUCCUAUAAAGCUCGCAAGGGAUUCUGGUCUUUUUCCCUCACCUGUUGCCGACAACUUCUUAUUUUUGGGAGGCCCCACAGUCAAACCUGGUGUAAGCCCUACAGAGAGCCUUACAAACCUAGAGGAAAGGAAUGGCUCUCUUGAAAAACACAAGUCUUCAAGCAUGAAGUUAAGUGACAAAAACAAUAACCAGGAGAGGUCUACUGACCGUAAAUCCAGACUUGAUCAUGUCAAGAGACAAGAGGGCAGAUUUGCAGCCAAGCAGGUGGAAGCAGAAAUGAAUGAUAUGAGCUCUCCUAUUCCAAACUCUGCUGCCAGAGCUCUGAGCUGUGUAAGUGCAGCCAGACAGCGUAGCUCCUCCAUGGAGGUUCCUCACUGCAGGGAUCAGGCAAGUCAAGCUGGAGGGGAAAGCCAAAACUACACAGUCUCAGAAUCUCCUCAGAGGAAACCCAAACCUCAACCAUGUGAUUCUGCAAGAAAAGCUUUCAUUCUACGGAGCAAGAGUGCUGAUGCAGGACAAGAACAACCCAAGCAUACUCAUUCUCCUCUACACCAGAAGCUCAUUAAGGGUCACAGGCCUAAAGGACAGUCAAACCCUCCGGUCCAAAGUGUCCCGAACAAGAGGACCACUCUAAGUAAAACACAAGGAUCAAGCAAGGGAGUGUUACCUAAAGUUGAGAAAGACGAGGACAUUGCAGUGUCAGCAGGUUCCAAGUCGCUCAAGAGUGUGCAGCAAUGCUCUCCUCUUGCUUCUCCUGUGAAAAAUUCAAAGACGUACAAACCUCCAGUGAUCAACGACAGCUCAAAGAGCCCAACAAAACUACCUUUGCAAAUGACCAGACCUCAAUCACUCAAUGACUCUGUGGAAGAAGGCGUUUAUGACAACCUGCCAUGCUCUCCGCGGAAACAACGCCGCCAAGACCAGCACUGUGAUGUACCCUAUCAAGAACCUAGGUCCCCAUCCCCGCCAGCACCUCCUGGACGGACGACUUCUCUAGUUCUUAGACCUGGUUGCGACAGCUUACCCAAACAAAAUGCAUCUGCAGGCCAGGUUCAAAGCUCUACUACUGGAAAGGCAACAUCAAGCAUCACCAAGCCGCAGUCAAAUCAGCUUCCCUCUGCUUCACAGCCUCAACAUCUUAACACAGCAAAAGACAAUCUACAUACAGCUCCCGGAAUGAGUGCUGAAGGUAUGCAGCUGAAAGAUAUCCCUGCCAAGCAAUACCACAGCAACUCUGCCAAGAUACCGUCCAUUCCAGUUCAAGAGUCACAACCUCCAGAGCCAGUCCAGCCACCUUUGGAAAGGUGUGUCACUUGUCACUAUGAAAAUGGUCCUCCUAUUAUGUUGCCAAGUCAGAGCAUCUUACAAAGAUCCCAGCAGAGCAUCAGUGAGCCAAAGCUCUCAGAAGUCUUGCCUCAGACAUACUCUAAUGUUUACUACCAUGGGAUUGCAAAUAAUCUGCAGAGUUCCACCUCAAGAGCUGUAAAAAUGGCUCAUCCAGUCAAUGCAAAAUCUCAUGAAGCUAUCUCUGGACAAGACUCUAAUACCUUCCUCUUGUACGGAAGACAGAAUAAAGACGAUGGCCCAAAAAAUGUCCAGACCUUUCAAACGUUUACCUGUGAUCCCCAGAUGAUGCACGAAUGUGGUGUCCAUGACAAAGCCCGCAGAAGGAUCGAGACUCGCUGUAAUUCGCUGGAUUCAGAGCCCCCAGUUCAACCAGUCCCAUCAGACAGUGGUGUGAUGCUGGAUUGGGGAUUCGACGAGGAAGGUUGGCUCUUUAAACGUUCUGUGUCUGUGUCGACCCGGCCUCCACUUAAGCCAGUGAUGGGCAUGAAUGGUGCCAAGGCUCGCAGUCAGAGCUUUGGUGCUCGCUACAUGGACAGGCCAAGCUUCAACAGAUCUGGAAAGGUCCGUACCCAGAUUAAAACCCACUCAGGCAGCUCCUUAAACUCUCUAAGUGAUGUCCUUCCAGGGAGUAUGAGUUGCUCCAGUAGCUACCAUUGCCCAAUGAACCGGUCCCUCCUGAACAACUUCUUGAUUGAAGAGGGGCUAGCAGUUCCCCAACAUCUGGGAUCCUCUAGUGAAAGACUCCAAAGUCUGAAACUUCAGCGAGAACAAGCAAGGCGCCUUCAGAUUGAGCAACAGUUUUCAAGCGCCUUUGGGGAACCAGUUUCUGAGGAACCAGAGAGGCAAAGUACCAUAACCACAAUUGAAGAGAAAGUGAUGCUUGGCAUAGAAGAGAACUUACACAAGUCUCAGGAACAGGAGAGAAGCAAUGAAGUGAAGCAAAAAUCUGGGUCAACCUUGGCAAACUGGUUUGGUUUUCGGAGGAGUAAGCUUCCUGCUCCAAGCAGCAAAAAGACUGAGCCACCAAAAGUGAAAGAGGAAAAGAGGGAGCAGAAGAUUACGUCGCUUCUUGGAGGAAAGCAGACAAAGGCAGACAAAAAGAGAGACAGAAGAAAAAGUGAUGGAAAAGACUGCUCUGUGGGGAGAAGAGAGUCUCAUGAUGCAGUGAGAGCAUGCAUCUCCAUGCCCUGCCCAGGAAUGUCUCUGAAUGACAUGCAAGGACAUCCUGAAGUCAUCGGGGACCCAAAGAUGCAGAUGAUGAACCGGAGAGCUGAAGGAGAAAACGGGUCCACUGUGAAGCCCCCCACCCAGGAUACUGUGAUAGGCUCCGGCUGCAAGAUGCGAACGUUGGACAGUGGAAUUGGGACCAUCCCCCUUCCUGAAUCCUGUUCCUUCUUCUCCUCCAUCCUGCACCUCCUCCCCAAAUCCUCCUCCAACCCAGAGCCGACCCUCAGCCCUCCCAAUGUCCCCGGUUCCUCCAGCGAAGAUGUGUCUCCUUCCCCGUUACCCCGGUGGAGAAUCCCCUCCGGCUUUAAGGACGGCAGCCUUACAGGGGUGCCGAAUUCCCUGUCUGACUCCUCCAUGACCCAUAUCCAGUCAGUGCCUUUCCCCACUGUGGCCUUCCUCCAGCCCAUUCAACCCCCGUCUGAACCCAUCAUGACGUCUGCCAGUGUGUGUGAGACCCAGAGCAGGAUGCCCAGACCACCUCCAGGUGCAAUGGAACCAAAGAAAAUGACCUACAUCAAAUCCAAGCCACGAGCCCCACCCAGCCAACAGAAAGAACAAACGCGGCUUCAGCUCGCCAACUAGUCUCUGAAGCUGAACGAGUCCACCUGAAGUCAGGAAUCAGGCUCUCGACUGGAUUUAUCACUCUCUCACACACACGGAGGAUCCCUAAACCCCCCCUCAGUUUGGACACUUUGCCUCUGUAUCAAGAUGAAACGCUCACAGCUGGACAAUAAGUCACUUUGGCAUUGUUAGCUUAGGACUGAGCUCAGUGUGGAGCUGAGAUACCGAGGAGCCUUUCAGGUUUGGUAUUGAAGCUUCUGGUGGCCAUUUUGGAGGUGGCAUCAGGCUGUGAGUGGCUGUUUGAAUUUCUAAAUGUAGCAGCUCUGCCGCUUCUGGGCUGGAGUUAAAACACAUGGCUUUUUCUGUCAUUUUCCACCAUUGGAGCGGUAGCUAUUUGACACAAACAUGGCAGAUGUUUUGUUUUUGUUAUGACAUUUUAGCUACUGUAGUACUGUCAUGGCUGCCUGCAUUCAUUACCAUCACACAGACUAAUGCUGGGGCUCCUGUUUGUGCAGAAUCUUCAUUUUAGCAUAGCUAAGACAGUGCCAUUGUAAUCAGCAGACUAUGCCAACUGCUCUAAAGCUAGCAAUAUACAUAAAGCACAGAGAAGAAUAACUCACACUACUGCAGCCAUCUUAAUGACAUUCACAUUAUACAAGCAGAAGUCCAGCGAUGAUGUUGCAAAGUUGUCACAUGCAAUAGCAAUCACAUGCAACUUAAACAUUUACUUUUGACUUUUAUGUAUAUCAGACCAUAAAGGGAGCCUGGAUUACACGUCUGUAUCAACCAUAAACAACUGCUUUAUUGAACAAUUCUGCAAACUGACACUACUGAAUGAUUGAGGCUAGUUUGGUACUGUAGAAGAACAAGAAUCAAAGCAUAUUGGUCUAAGGUUAAACUGGAAAGCAGAAGCUGAAUGGUUGAUAACAGAUUGUCUGCAGAUGACGACACGUCACAGGGAAGACAUCCAGAAACAGAUUCCCUCUGAAGAGCCACUAUCAGAGCGCCAAAGUUUUGCACUGCUCAUGGUUGAGCUCAUCAUUCAAAUUGAGAAAAAUUGAGUUAUAUAAUGAGCUAAAGCAUCUGAGUCCCAAAAGCAGAGACACAUUCAAGCAAAAAGUUUGAAAACUCACAAGGAAACAGGCACAAUCAUGGAUUUAAAAUGUGGUCCAUUUCCACCAGUUGGUCUGGUUUGGUUCAGCACAGUUUUCACUGUAAACCCUGAUCUUGCUUGUGGUCCACAGUGGAUGCCCAUAGUGGAUCAUUUGGCUCCACUCAGUAAUAAGUGUCAGUCUACUGGCUCCCAAAAAAGUAUGUAUUUAUUAAAAGCAGAAAUAGAAACAAAGGAAAAUAGCUCUAAACCACCAAACAAGAUUUUAAUCUCCAAUUUCCUAUUUAUCUGCUUGCUGCAUUCUCAAACCAGCUAUUAGUGAGUUGACAAACAUUAUCACCAGCCAGCCUGAAUUCAAGUUUUAAUGGCCUCAUUCACACAGCUGCAACUAUAUCCUGCGAUGCUUUAAAAUGGUCCUGUAGCGUUGGAGAUCUUUAGUCUGAACUGGGCCUGAAGCACACUGACGUUCAUUUAACAUAGCAAGGCUUCAGCUACUCACUGUAGCAUCCUACUGCUCCUACAGUGAUGUCAUAAAAAGAUGCUGCAAUCACUAAUCAAUCAAAGUCUGUUUGUAUGGCACUUUUCCUACAAAAUAAAGUAGCUCAAAGUGCUUUACAUACAAAAAUUGUAGUGGCAGAGAAGUAAAAUAAUUAUGUUGACAGCAUACACCUGAGGAACACAAGAACAAAUGAUCAGUUGCAGUGAGCCUAAAAAUCAUCUUAUAUGCAGCCAGUUGCUGGAGCCAUGUAGUUGUUUGCAAGUUUUCUGAAUGAGGCAUCUUUUUGACUAAUUUGCAGCUUUAUCAGAUGCAUUAGCAGUGCAGUGCUUUUGGGAAUCAGGCUGUACAACCAGCCAUGUCAUCAAUACAUUAAUACAUUUUAAAUGUGUAACAUUCCAGAUAGUAGUAAAAUGGUUUUGCAUUUGCAUUGGGACGUCAUGGUUUGGGCACGCAGUCACACAAUAAAUUCAUCUACCUUGCAAUUUCCACAUACAAUAGCUACACUGCACUCUGCAGCCCCACAGUUUUGCUCCGAUCGAAGGUGAGCGACCUCGCUCAAUGGAAGCGUGUCUAGAUUGUUGCGCAAUUUUGAGGUUGAUUUAUCAUCCAUUCCGGCAUGAGUCCAUGAUAUUAUUGCUUCUGCCAUGAGUGUGUACAUUAGGAAGUU